CGCACACACUCUCUCUCUGAUCCCCUGCCGACGAGUCGCCGCAGGUGAUGUUGACCGCGUCGAAGACGAUGUUGACCGUGUUGGCUCGAGCGCUCCCGUCCCUCUGGGCUCUGCUGGUCCGCACCGGCUGCUUGGCAGCAGCUGUCCGAGCUCAAACGGCCCCCGGGUUGCCGCGGUGGGGCUGCUCCGUCCAGCUCCUGGACCUGAGCUUCGGCAGCAUCGCUAGCGUGAGGCGUUCCGACUUGCCGGCCCAGGCGCUCUGCUGCACCGCGAUGAACCUCAGCCAUAACCGCAUCGGGGAGAUCGGCGGCGGCGCUUUUGUGGGCCUCUCAGUCUUGCGGGAGCUCGACCUGAGCGAUAACCGGCUGGAGCGUCUGCCCCGCUCCGCGUUCUGGAGACUCGAGCGGCUGCGCACGGUGCUGCUGAGCAACAACAGGUUCACCACCAUCCCAGGAGCGCUGCGGCAGCUCACUGGUCUCUGGCGCCUUUCGCUGACGGAAAACCGCAUCUCCUGGGUGGACGUGGCGAGUCUGCGGGGCUGCGGCGCCCUCCGAGAGCUGCACCUGGAGCACAACCGCAUUUCCGCCGUGUCCCCGGCAGCCUUCGUGGGGCUCCAGAGCCUGAAGAUGUUGAACCUGAGCACCAACUCGCUAGAAACUGUUCCCACCCCUGCAAUCCAGCACCUGUGGGAGGCGGGGGUCACUGUGCAUCUCCAUGGCAACCCCUGGAGGUGUGACUGCCGGUGGCUGACGAGGUGGGGGCGGAGCCCAGGCUGGCCGACAGACGAGGGCCAGUGUUUGGGCACGGUGCUGCGGGGGUGCAGGGUGCCACUGGGGGUCUCCGCCCUGGUUACGGUCAGGCUUCCAGAAGAGGGGCCUCUCACACUGCCCUGUCCAGGACAGCGUCUCUCCUGGUACACUCCAUUUGGGCGAUGGGAGAACUCCAGUGUCCAGGACAGCCGUGCCCCCGUGGUGCUCAUGAGUAACGGUAGUCUGAGGAUCUCCCAGCCCAGCUGUCAUCACACCGGCCUGUACUACUGCCUCCUGCAGGAGAGCGGGGGCAACCGCAUUCUGCCCUACAGGCUCAUACAGGCAGCCCCCAGCUGGGCAGCAGGACUCAGGACCAGGAAGCGCAGGGGUGCACAGGCAUACGGAGACGCUGUCCCCCAGGGCCAAUUCGAGGCUGCGGUUACCGUUUCCGUAGUCAUCACCUUCCUCGCUGGGUUCAGCCUGGGGGCACUGAGCAGAUCCUUCCUGGAGCGCUGCUUCCACAGGCUGAGGGCCAAGCGGGCCGCGGUGACGGGCCCUAGGGUGAGCAUUUACUCGCUGCCUGUGCGCUACAAGAGGGCAACCUCCCAGAAAGCCCCGCCAGCAAACAGCUCCUCCUCGCCUCCUCAGUCCAUGGCUCUACCCCCAGGGUCACUGGCUCCUCCCACAAAGGCUCCUCGCAAUAUAAGGAACAGAGAAGCAGAGAUCUGGGAUUGUGAGGGAGCUGCUGAUACGGCUGCAAAGGCUGGGGGCACCUGUGGUGAGAAGUGUCCUCCACUGGGGGGCCAGAACAGGAAAGCAGACAGCAGCGAUGAGAGUGACAUCACAGCAGAGGUUGGGAGCUGCAAGGCCACCAGUGAAAGUCCACAAUGUGCUGGAUCCCACCCACAGCAGCCACACGCGUUCGUGGAACCCAAUGCCCGCACCACGAGGCGGAGGGUGAUCAAGCUGUACCACUACGAUGAGGACGGGAAUCCCUACAGCUACGUGAAGGACACAGAAUCCCAGAGUGCUCCGUCCACAAGGCAGAGGUCACUGUCACUGACUCGUCUCAACGCCAUCAUGGCUGCUGCCACGGUGACAGACUUCACCAGGGUGCCCCCACCGCCACCACCACAGGACAGCGCAUCGACAGACAGGGAGCCCAGCGAUGACACGCCUGUCUUUGAGUUGUCGAUUUAAUGGUGCUCCUGCUACGUAUCA